GUUAAAGCCACACAUGUUUCUGUGUUUAAACACUUUUGGGUUUGUAAUAAAACCACAACGGCGAUGUCGCCUAAAUCGGUUUUAUCAUUAACUCAAUUUUCUUUGGUCAUGUGACUUUGGUUACCAUAGAAACCAGGUUUUUUUACUUGGGGGUUUCUGGACUUUGAUCCAUGUCAUUGCUCCUUUUAAGUUUCUCGAAACUUGAAAAGUGGUGCGAGGUUUGAAAAGAGAAAUGUUUCACAGAAGAAGAAGAGGACGAAGAUCAUGUCCAGACGUCGUUUUGUCUCCAGUCCGUCUCAGACUUUGAAGGACGACGAUGCCGAGCUCAGACUCAAUACUAGUAAGGAGGAAAUUAUCAAAAAGUCAGAUGAUGAUGAUGACGAAGAGGAGGAGGAGAACUGGACGGGUCUGAAGUUCUGGUCAGUGAACACAGAAGCUGAACCGUCCUUCAGACCAGACAAGGUUCUGGAGGCGACGGUCAAUGCAGAUGACUGGUACCAGGAGGUGGAGCGAGUCCUGCCUCAGCUCCAAGUCAGCGUCAGGAAGCAAAACAAGGACUGGAGGAUCCACAUGGACCGGAUGCACCAGUAUAGAGACAAAAUCAAGUCCUCGUUCAAAGACUUCAGGAGCGGCCUGAACAAACUGGUGGAGAACAUCGAUAAGACUCAGGAGAAGGUGAGCAGCAGAGAGAAGUACAUCAACAACCAGCUGGAGCAGCAGAUCCACGAGUUCCACCGCACGCACGUCAAACUCAGCGAGGUCCGGGAGCAGUUCCGGCAGGUCAGCGCACGGGUGGAGGAGAAGACCCGGGUCCUGGCUGAGAUGAACGACAAGAUGGGCAAUGCCAAGCAGGAGAUGGAGGUGAAGGUCAGCAGCAUGUCUGACGGAGCGCCGGUGGAGAACAUCAAGCAGAGUCUGAAGAAGCUAAAGCAGGAGAUCGUCGACAUGGACGUGAGGAUCGGGGUAAUUCAGCAAACGCUGCUGCAAGUUAGAGUCAAAGAGAAGUUCAACAGGACGCCGGACAUGUUCUCCACCGACAUCCCAGAACCUUCACCAACAUCAACCGAUCAACUAUGACACAAUGGAAAUAAAACUUAAAAAGUCCCUCCCUCCACUUAUUGUCUCCAUCUUGUCCUCUCUCUUGUGUCCUUUGUUACACCAACUGUCUUCAUAUCUUCUUGUGUAGAAUAUGUGCUCACUAUUUUGCAGUCAGUCUUUUGUGGCUAUAGAUAACAGCUCAUUAUUCUUCAGGCAGUGUCUUGGUGGAUGUAUAAACAGUUCAUUAUUUGGCAGUCAGUUUUGUUUGUGAAUGUUUAGAACAGUUCACUAUUUGGUAGCCAAUCUGUUGCUGGAUACAACGAGAAUAGUUCAUUAUUUGGCAUUCAGUCUGGUGGUAUAGAGAAUAGCUCAUUAUUUGGCAGUUUGUGAAUGUUUUAACAGCUCA